UUUGUAGUUUGCGGCGGACAACAUGGCGGCCUUCAUGCUGGGCUCGCUGCUUCGGACGUUCAAGCAGAUGGUUCCUUCAUCAGCUUCAGGCCAAGUUCGAAGUCACUAUGUAGACUGGAGAAUGUGGCGCGAUGUGAAGAGACGAAAAAUGGCCUAUGAAUACGCAGAUGAGAGGCUACGUAUUAAUUCACUCAGGAAGAAUACCAUUUUGCCAAAAAUUCUUCAGGACGUGGCCGAUGAAGAAAUCGCUGCCCUCCCCCGGGAUAGCUGUCCCGUUAGAAUCAGGAAUCGGUGUGUUAUGACGUCCCGUCCGCGUGGUGUGAAGCGGCGCUGGAGGCUUAGUCGUAUAGUCUUCCGUCACUUAGCUGACCACGGGCAACUUUCUGGGAUCCAGCGAGCAAUGUGCCUCAACACUGAAUACAUUUGUUUUUAAACUUUUUCCAGUGAAAGGUAAAAAGAAACUGUGGUUUAUUCUCUUUUGAACAAGGCUCUCAAUCUGUUACCCAAGCUGGAGUACAGUGGCAUGAUCAUAGCUCACUGCAGCCUUAAACUCCUGGGUUCAAGUGAUCCUCCAGCUUUAGCUUCCUGAGUAGCUGGGAUUAUGGGCACCAGCCUCCAUGCCUGGCCAAUUGCUUUCUCUGAUCUAACUGUGUUGGUUAAUACCUCCAGUAAAAUAUAGUAAUGGAGAUCACAGGCACUGGUCCUGACUUCAGGGGCAAUAGGAAUAAUUCCUACUAGAAGCCUCAUUUUUCUGACAUACUUCUAGGCAAAUAAAUCAUAAAACUGUUCUAAUGAA